UAAAAAUCCUUCGGAUGUGAUUUGGAUAAACGCAAAGUACCCGUUCCUACGUUACAUCACCUAUUCGGUCGUUGCGUAAACGUGACUCUCUCUCCAAAAAAACUACACUUCCCUUAUCGUCCUUGUGUGUUUGACGCAAAGGGCCAUGUAGUUUUCAAAAGAGCUCAAUCGGAGGAAUGAGGUCACGCAAAAACUACAUUUCCCGUGUGGCAUUUCGCAGGCUGAAAUCGGAAGUGGGCAUUUCAGUGGUGGAAAAAAAGUUCCCAUGACUGUUUUCGUGUCAGUGUGAAAAGUUAGUCGUUUCUCGGCUCCUGAGUGUCUGCCUACGCCUCUGGAAGACGCCAAAGACAACACGUAACCGUGAAACUUUGCUAAAACAAGCAGAAUGGGAAGCGAAGCACACCCGGUUCAGAUUGUGGACGUGAAUAAGGACGAUCACUCCUUCACAUUGAACACAGAGGCUUUAGCUCAGGUCCUGCUGGCCCCUGAAGUCCGAGACAAACAUGUGGUGGUUCUGUCAGUGGCCGGAGCUUUCAGGAAGGGGAAAAGCUUUUUGCUUGAUUUCAUGCUCCGUUACAUGCACAGAAAGAGUGACAAUAACUGGCUGGGUCAGGAUGAUGACAUACUGACUGGGUUCUCUUGGAGAGGGGGUUCGGAGCCCGAGACGACAGGCAUCCAGCUGUGGAGCAAAGUUUUUACAGUUCAAAAGAGCGAUGGAACAGAGGUGGCCGUGGUGCUGAUGGACACUCAGGGAGCCUUCGAUGACCAGUCCACAGUGAAGGACUGUGCCACCAUAUUUGCCCUCAGCACCAUGACCAGCUCAGUUCAGAUCUACAAUCUCUCUCAGAACAUCCAAGAGGACGACUUGCAGCAGCUACAGCUGUUUACGGAGUAUGGUCGCCUGGCCAUGGAUGAGAUCUUUCAGAAGCCCUUUCAGUCGUUGAUGUUUCUGGUCAGAGACUGGAGCUUUCCCUAUGAAUACAAGUACGGCUUCAAAGGCGGCAAUGAAUUUCUGGAUAAACGCUUACAGAUUAAAGAUACCCAACAUGAGGAGCUGCAGACAGUGAGGGAACACAUCCAUUCAUGUUUCACCAAGAUCUCCUGCUUCCUGUUGCCCCACCCUGGGCUGAAUGUUGCCACCAGCCCUGCUUUUCGGGGCCAACUCCGUGACGUGGGCCCUGAUUUCAAAGAGCAGCUGCAGUCUCUGAUUCCUAAACUGCUGCAUCCGGACAACAUGGCAGAGAAAGAGAUAAACGGGAAUAAAGUCACCUGCAGAGGCCUGCUGGAGCUCUUCAAGGCUUACAUUAAGAUUUACCAAGGAGAAGAUUUGCCUCAACCAAAGACCAUGCUCAUGGCUACUGCAGAGGCUAACAACCUGGCAGCCGUAGCAGCAGCUAAAGAUCAGUAUCACAAAAACAUGGAGAGGAUCUGUGGAGGAGAUCUGCCUUAUGUGGCUCCAGAGAUGCUGGAGGAGAAGCAUACCUUUUUCCACAGAGAAGCGAUCCACGCCUUUGCAUCCACCAAGAAAAUGGGAGGACAGGAGUUUUGUGAUCGUUACCAAGCACAGCUGCAAAGGGAGCUGGAUGAGAUGUGGCUGUCAUUUAGCAAGCACAAUGAGGCUAAGAACCUGUUCAGCGCCUUCAGAACUCCUACGGUUCUCUUUGUGCUGAUGUGCCUCCUCUAUGUGCUGUCUGGCGUGUUGCUUUUUGUCGGCCUGUCCACCUUCGCCCUGGUGUGUGACUGCGGUCUGGGGUUGCUCAUGAUAGCCAUGCUGGCGUGGGCCUUCAUCCGCUACUCUGGUCAGUACCGGCCUGUAGGUGGAGCCAUUGACCAGGCUGCGGGGGUCGUCCUAGAGCAGGCUACAGUGAUGUUGAACAAGUCGAGAGGAGCCCCCAUCAGUGACAAGAAGAAGUUCAGCUAGAGGACUGGACCUCAACGAUCUCAAUUCCAAACAAACGUUACACAACAAAAGCACACUUCUAGCACUAAAGCCUUAUCAUCCAUCAACCACGCUGGACCUGGGUGACAACAACGCGAUUCUGAUUCACCAGCACGGCUGUUAGGCAGAACAGACAGCCUUUAACAGUCCAGGUCCAAAGCCAGGAACAUCCCAAACCCUCUUUACAAGUUUACAGCUGGACUUAACGGAAAGGUCAACAGUUAAAACCUCAUGAGACAUUUUUUAAUGUCAGCUCGAUGCGUCCUACUGGGCUGAACGCUGGUGAGACAUGGGUCAUCUUUGUAGUCCGUCUUAAAGAUACUUUAAAAUGCAGCUUUAAAGCUCUUAAAUUUAUGCGUGUUUCUACGGCUGUGUUUGAAUUUCCUCCCUGUCAGUCAUAGCAUCAAAACAGUCUGUUCUCUUGAUAGAUUUGCUUCAUCAUCAUUACAAGCUAGCGUUCCUUCUAAGAUGGACGAGAAGAAAAAGAAACGCACUUUCUACUUUACAGUAAUGCUGCAGAUUUUUCAUGCAUUGUGUAAUUGUUCCAUUAAAAAUAUUUGUUUCUGUUAGACCCUUGAUGGAAAUAUGUUGGGCACUAUAAAAUAAACAAGAUGCUGGUUGAGAUAUA